AUGGAAAAUUCUGAAAGAGCUGAAGAAAUGCAAGAAAAUUAUCAGAGAAAUGGAACUGUAGAAGAACAGUCAAAACUGAGAAAGGAAGCUGUUGGAUCUAUUGAGAUAUUCCGCUUUGCUGAUGGUCUGGACAUCACACUCAUGAUCCUGGGUAUACUGGCAUCACUGGUCAAUGGAGCCUGCCUUCCUUUAAUGUCACUGGUUUUAGGAGAAAUGAGUGAUAACCUUAUUAGUGGAUGUCUAGACCAAACUAACACAACAAAUUAUCAGAACUGUACUCAGUCUCAAGAGAAGCUGAAUGAAGAUAUGACUGUGUUGACCCUGUAUUAUGUUGGAAUAGGUGUUGCUGCCUUGAUUUUUGGUUACAUACAGAUUUGCUUUUGGAUUAUAACUGCAGCACGACAGACCAAGAGGAUUCGAAAACAGUUUUUUCAUUCAGUUUUGGCACAGGACGUCGGCUGGUUUGAUAGCUGUGACAUCGGUGAACUUAACACUCGCAUGACGGAUGACAUUGAUAAAAUCAGCGAUGGUAUUGGAGAUAAGAUUGCUCUGUUGUUUCAAAACAUGUCUACUUUUUCAAUUGGCCUGGCAAUUGGUUUGGUGAAGGGCUGGAAACUCACCCUAGUAACUCUAUCCACAUCUCCUCUUAUAAUGGCUUCAGCGGCAGCAUGUUCUAGAAUGGUCAUCUCAUUGACCAGUAAGGAAUUAAGUGCCUAUUCCAAAGCUGGGGCUGUGGCAGAAGAAGUCUUGUCAUCAAUCCGAACAGUUGUAGCCUUUGGGGCCCAAGAGAAAGAACUUCAAAGGUAUACACAGAAUCUCAAAGAUGCAAAGGAUUUUGGCAUAAAAAGGGCUGUAGCCUCAAAACUGUCUCUUGGUGCUGUGUACUUCUUUAUGAACGGAACCUAUGGACUUGCUUUUUGGUAUGGAACCUCCUUGAUUCUUAAUGGAGAACCUGGAUAUACCAUCGGGACUGUUCUUGCUGUUUUCUUUAGUGUAAUCCAUAGUAGUUAUUGCAUUGGAGCAGCAGCCCCUCACUUUGAAACCUUCGCGAUAGCCCGAGGAGCUGCCUUUAAUAUUUUCCAGGUUAUUGAUAAGAAACCCAAUAUAGAUAACUUUUCCACAGCUGGAUAUAAACCUGAAUCCAUAGAAGGAACUGUGGAAUUUAAAAAUGUUUCUUUCAAUUACCCAUCAAGACCAUCUAUUAAGAUUCUGAAAGGUCUGAAUCUCAGAAUUAAGUCUGGAGAGACAGUCGCCUUGGUUGGUCCCAAUGGCAGUGGGAAGAGUACGGUAGUCCAGCUUCUGCAGAGGUUAUAUGAUCCGGAUGAUGGCUUUAUCACGGUAGAUGAGAAUGACAUCAGAGCUCUAAAUGUGCGGCAUUAUCGAGAACAUAUUGGAGUGGUUAGUCAAGAGCCUGUUUUGUUUGGGACCACCAUCAGUAACAAUAUCAAGUAUGGACGAGAUGAUGUGACUGAUGAAGAGAUGGAGAGAGCAGCAAGGGAAGCAAAUGCUUAUGAUUUUAUCAUGGAGUUUCCUAAUAAAUUUAAUACGUUGGUAGGGGAAAAAGGAGCUCAAAUGAGUGGAGGGCAGAAACAGAGGAUCGCAAUUGCUCGUGCCUUAGUUCGAAACCCCAAGAUUCUGAUUUUAGAUGAGGCUACUUCUGCCUUGGAUUCAGAAAGUGAGUCAGCUGUUCAAGCUGCACUAGAGAAGGCAAGCAAAGGUCGGACUACAAUCGUGGUAGCACACCGACUUUCUACUAUUCGAAGUGCAGAUUUGAUUGUGACCAUAAAGGAUGGAAUGGUGGCGGAAAAAGGAGCACAUGCUGAACUAAUGGCAAAACGAGGUCUAUAUUAUUCACUUGUGAUGUCACAGGAUAUUAAAAACGCUGAUGAACAGAUGGAGUCAAUGACAUAUUCUACUGAAAGGAAGACCAACUCACUUCCUCUGUGCUCUGUGAAUAGCAUCAAGUCAGACUUCACUGACAAGGCCGAGAAAUCCAUCCAAUCUAAAGAGAUAAGUCUUCCUGAAGUCUCUCUAUUAAAAAUUUUAAAGUUAAACAAGUCUGAAUGGCCUUUUGUGGUUCUGGGGACAUUGGCUUCUGUUCUAAAUGGAACUGUUCAUCCAGUAUUUUCCAUCAUCUUUGCAAAAAUUAUAACCAUGUUUGGAAACAAGGAUAAAACCACAUUAAAGCAUGAUGCAGAAAUGUAUUCCAUGAUAUUCGUCAUUUUGGGUGUUAUUUGCUUUGUCAGUUAUUUCAUGCAGGGAUUAUUUUAUGGCAGAGCAGGGGAAAUUUUAACCAUGAGAUUAAGACACUUGGCCUUCAAAGCCAUGUUAUAUCAGGAUAUUGCCUGGUUUGAUGAAAAGGAAAACAGCACGGGCAGCUUGACAGCAAUAUUAGCCAUAGAUACAGCACAAAUUCAAGGAGCAACAGGUUCCAGGAUUGGCGUCUUGACACAAAAUGCAACUAACAUGGGACUUUCAGUUAUCAUUUCUUUUCUAUAUGGAUGGGAGAUGACACUCCUGAUUCUGAGUAUUGCUCCAGUACUUGCCAUGACAGGAAUGAUAGAAACUGCAGCAAUGACUGGAUUUGCCAACAAAGAUAAGCAAGAACUUAAGCAUGCUGGAAAGAUAGCAACUGAAGCUGUGGAGAAUAUACGUACUAUAGUGUCAUCAACAAGGGAAAAAGCCUUCGAGCAAAUGUAUGAAGAGAUGCUUGAGACUCAACACAGAAAUACCUCGAAGAAAGCACAGAUUAUUGGAAGCUGUUAUGCAUUCAGCCAUGCCUUUAUAUAUUUUGCCUAUGCGGCAGGGUUUCGAUUUGGAGCCUAUUUAAUUCAAGCUGGACGAAUGACCCCAGAGGGCAUGUUCAUAGUUUGUACUGCAAUUGCAUAUGGAGCUAUGGCCAUCGGAGAAACGCUUGUUUUGGCUCCUGAAUAUUCCAAAGCCAAAUCGGGGGCUGCACAUCUGUUUGCCUUGUUGGAAAAGAAACCAACUAUAGACAGCCACAGCCAAGAAGGGAAAAAGCCAGACACAUGUGAAGGGAAUUUAGAGUUUCGAGAAGUCUCUUUCUUCUAUCCAUGUCGCCCAGAUGUUUUCAUCCUCCACGGCUUAUCCCUCAGUAUUGAGCAAGGAAAGACAGUAGCAUUUGUGGGGAGCAGCGGCUGUGGGAAAAGCACUUCUCUUCAACUUCUGCAGAGAUUUUAUGACCCCGUGCAAGGACAAGUGCUGUUUGAUGGCGUGGAUGCAAAAGAAUUGAAUGUACAGUGGCUCCGUUCCCAAAUAGCAAUCGUAUCUCAAGAGCCUGUACUCUUCAACUGCAGCAUCGCUGAGAACAUUGCCUAUGGUGACAACAGCCGUGUGGUGCCAUUAGAUGAGAUCAAAGAAGCAGCAAAUGCAGCAAAUAUCCAUUCUUUUAUUGAAGGUCUCCCUGAGAAAUACAACACACAAGUUGGACUGAAAGGAACACAGCUUUCUGGCGGCCAGAAACAAAGACUAGCUAUUGCAAGGGCUCUUCUCCAGAAACCCAAAAUUUUAUUGUUGGAUGAGGCCACUUCAGCCCUCGAUAAUGAGAGUGAGAAGGUGGUUCAGCAUGCCCUUGAUAAAGCCAAGACGGGAAGGACAUGCCUAGUGGUCACUCACAGACUUUCUGCAAUUCAGAACGCAGAUUUGAUAGUGGUUCUGCACAAUGGAAAGAUAAAGGAACAAGGAACUCAUCAAGAGCUCCUGAGAAAUCGAGACAUAUACUUUAAACUAGUAAAUGCACAGUCAGUGCAGUGAUGCUGUUGAGGUAGCGCAUAUUUUGAUGUUUGUGUAAUGCAAAGAAGGAGUACUUAGUAAUUACUUGGCAAGCUUUGAUCUCUUUUAUUGUAUAUAUCAAUACCUAGAAUCAUGCUACUCAAGUACAUACAUGUUCUGUUCACACACCAUCUGCCCUUCAGACUUAAAAGGAAGCAAAAAUUUGCUUAUUUCAUGUAAGUGAAAUAGUGCUUAUAUCCUUCACUUUAUAAAAAUAUUCUAGCACAUUUGCUUGCAAAGCAAUUUUCUACAAAGUGAAUUUAUUUCCCAUCAACUUCUGCUAUAAAAUCAGAAAUAUGUUUCCAGGGGGAAUAUUAUCCAGUUAACCAUGUUGAAGGUUUUAGCAAAGGGAGUGUAAGAUAAAGUGGGGCCUGUGGCAUUGCAGGGAGAGUGUCUUUAACUUGGAAUUUUGUUUUGCAGCAUAUAUUACAGUACUUUUGCUAGUCCCUUUUCUCAAGACCAUAUGGAUUUUUCUCAUAAUAUGUCUCUCAAUAUUUCUCUCAAUAAGUAUUCACUAUUUCUCAAAAUUUUAUUCUAUUUUGUUGUUGUUGUUGUUGUGCAGGGAAUAGAAAGGAUUAUGAUGUAAAAUUUCUGGGCGGAUUAGGUAGCUAUCUCCUAAUUCACCAGUAAGUGAAGUGCCUCACAUGAGCCAUCCCAGAGAUUCAUUAUUCCAAACUUUGGGUUUGGCAGAAUAAAUCACAGGCCUGCCUGUUUAUGAACACUUACUUACUUAAAAUAAGAGCUACUUUUGGGCCAGGUGCAGUGGCUCACGCCUGUAAUCCCAGAAUUUUGGGAGGCCGAGGAGGGCGGAUCACUUGAAGUCAGAAGUUCAAGACCAGCCUGGCCUACAUGGUGAAACCCCAUCUCUGGUAA